GCACUUAGGAAUAGAAACGUAAACAUAGCUAAAGGUUGACCUGUCCUUCUGAGGCAAUAGCGGACGAAAUUGUGUUUUCUGCAGAGAUAUUGUCCAGACGCCAAGGAUAUUGCACCAGAUUGAUGGAGAAGAAUGGCCUACAUCUCGAUGGACUGCCCCAGCUCUUUACCAGGGAUUCCUCAAAGUGUGCUGUCUGUGCCCAUGGAGAAUAAGUACAAAUGUCAGCAGUGUCACCAGGUCCUGAGGAAGCCUGUCCAGGCCCAGUGCGGACAUCGCUUCUGUGUACACUGCUUCAAGCAGCUCACCAGUUCUGGCCCGAAGCCUUGUGAAGCCUGCCGCGAAGAAGAGAUAUACGAGGAACCUUUUUCGAUUCUAAAUAGUAAUGAGGCAUUUCCAGACAAUGCAGCAGGACGAGAAAUAGCAAGCCUGCCUGCCAGGUGUCUGAACGAAGGCUGUGUUUGGACAGGCUCCAUAAAAGAGUAUGAGGCUCAGCAUGAAGGUCGUUGUGAACUUGAGCGGGUAAAGUGCGAGGCCUGCCAAAACACGAUCCUUCUUUCGGAGAAGGACAAACACAAUGAGAGAGAAUGUGAAGAAAGAACGCUAAACUGCAAAUACUGCAAAACAUCCUUCAACUUUAAAGAGAUCAAGGCCCAUGAUGAGAUCUGUCCAAAGUUUCCCUUACAAUGCAAAGACUGUGGCAAGAAGAAGAUCCCAAGAGAAAAGUUCAGUGACCACAGCAAAUCCUGUGCCAAGUCAAAGAGUGCCUGUCCCUUCAGUGAUGUGGGCUGUAAACAUGUGAUAGAGAACGGGAAGCAGAGCGACCACGAGCACAGCAGCACCAUGGAGCACUUGCGUCUGCUGCUGCCCAUGGUGCUAUCCAUCGCCGUGCCGCCCAGCGAUGCUUCCGGUCCCGGAGAGUGGCAGGAGGACUCAGGUCUGGGCCUGUACAGGGCCCCUGAGGAGGGGGUCAGUAUGGGCUCUGGAGCUGCAGCCUCCAGUCAGUCUAUGGACCUAGAUAAAAAGGUAAAAGCUUUGGAAAACAUUGUGUGUGUCCUGAACCGAGAGGUAGAGCGCAGUGCAGUUACUUUAGAGGCUUUCGCACAUCAACAUCGUUUAGACCAGGACAAAAUAGAAAAUCUCUCCAGUAAAGUGCGUCAGCUGGAACGGACAAUCGACAUGAGGGACUUGAAACUGUCGGAAACUGAGCAACUGGUGCGGGAACUUCAGUUCUGCACCUUCGACGGGAUCUUUGUGUGGAAAAUCUCUGACUUCUCACGCCGCAGACAGGAUGCCGUGGCCAGUCGAACACCCGCCAUGUUCUCUCCAGCAUUUUAUUCCAGCAAAUACGGCUACAAAAUGUGUCUGAGGCUGUAUUUGAAUGGCGACGGGACGGGUCGAGGGACUCACCUUUCGCUGUUCUUUGUCGUCAUGAGGGGAAAGUGCGACGCUCUCCUCAAAUGGCCCUUCAGUCAGAAGGUGACGCUGAUGCUCUUGGAUCAGAACAACAGGGAGCACAUCAUCGACGCCUUCCGGCCCGACGUCACCUCCACCUCCUUCCAGCAGCCCAUCAGCGAGAUGAACAUCGCCAGCGGCUGCCCGCUCUUCUGCCCGCUCGCCAGGCUGGCCGGCAAGAGCCCCUAUCUGAGGGAGGAUACCAUCUUCAUCAAGGCCAUCGUGGACCUCACAGGCUUGUAGGGUGUUUCUGUGGAAGCUACACCAAAGCAAACUGAGACAACAGGACACAAACUAUUACUAUAUAAUAUAUAUAUUUACAUAAUAUUAUAUAGAUAUGUACUGUAUCUAAGACAUAACAUUUUAGAUAUCUAAACUAUAUAUAUCAAGAAUGCCACCAGUGGUCCCUUUAAGACGGAGUUAUAACGGUGAGUUAAAUAAUAGCGGUUGUCAGCUGUUGUGGUUUAAGUAUCUAUUUUUUGUAGAGCAAUUCAUUUUGUUUGUAAGCAUCAAGGAUGUAGGCACUACUGUGUCAUACCUGUCUCUCUCUCUCUCUCUCUGUCUGUCUGUCUGUCUCUCUGUCCGUCUGUCUCUCUGUCAGUCUCU